AUGGGAGACCGCCCACCCAAGAGCGGAAACCUCCGGCACAGCGAACCGGAAUCUCGGUAUUGCAGGAACAGAAUUUCCAACGGCAAGACCAACGGGCACACCAACGGAGCCACCGGCCACAUCAACGGCAACGGCACCAGCACCCUCCCGGGCCUGGACGCCUCCAAGCUGACCAUCACCCGGGCCGACCCCACCGCCCGCGCCGUCCCGGACGAGGUCGCCGCCUGCGCCGGAAACGAGACCAUCUGCACCGACCACAUGAUCACCGUCAGCUGGAACGCCGCCACGGGCUGGGCCACGCCCGAGCUCAAGCCCUACGGCCCCCUCUCCCUCCUACCCACCGCCUCCGUCCUGCACUACGCAACGGAAUGCUUCGAGGGGCUCAAGGCCUACCGCGGCCACGACGGUGGGCUCCGCCUCUUCCGGCCGGACCUCAACGCCAAGCGCAUGCUCAUGUCAACCCUACGCAUCUCCCUGCCGGGCUUCUCCCCGGCCGAGCUCGAGAAGCUCAUCCUCACGCUGAUGGCGGUGGACGGGCCCAAGUGGCUGCCGCGCAGCCGGCCCGGGUCCUACCUGUACCUGCGGCCGGCCGUGAUCGGCACGCAGCCGCAGCUGGGCGUGCAGGCGCCCAAGGAGGCCCUGCUCUUCAUCACGGCGUCCUUCAUGCCGCGCAUGGACGCCCCCGUGGGCGGGAUGCGCCUGCACACUAACCCCGAGGACAUGAUCCGCGCCUGGGUCGGCGGGUUCGGGUAUGCCAAGGUCGGUGCCAACUACGGGCCCAGUCUGCUCGCCACCAACGAGGCCCGCUCGCGCGGGUUCGGCCAGAUCUUGUGGUUGUAUGGGCCUGAGGGCUACUGCACUGAGGCGGGUGCAAGCAACUUCUUCGUCGUGUGGCGGACGCGUGAGGGGGCCCUGGAGAUGGUGACGGCGCCGUUGGACGACAAGCUGAUCCUAGACGGUGUGACGCGCCGGAGUGUGGUGGAGCUGGCGCGGGAGCGGUUGAAGGGCGAGGUGGAGGUUGUGGAGAGGAAGUACACCAUUGAUGAGGUGAUCGAGGCGGAUAAGGAGGGCAGGUUGAUUGAGUCUUUUGCGGCCGGCACAGCGUUCUUCAUCUGCCCCGUCUCGCAGAUCCGCCACCGCGAGCACGACAUCCACAUCCCCAUGGCCAAGGGCGAGAGCGGCCAGUACACGGCCAAGAUCAAGGGCUGGAUGACCGACAUCAUGUACGGCAACGAGCAACAUCCCUGGGGCGUCGUGGUCGAGGAGCAGCAGUAA